AUGGCAUCGGAGAAGCUACUCACCGCCGCGGCCGCCGGCAACGUGGCGACACUGGAGCGGCUGAUCAUCCGAGAAUUUGCAGACGUCGAGGUGAAAGAUGAUGAAGGGCACACGCCAUUGAUCCAAGCGGCGCGCUUUGGACAUCUGAAGGUCAUCCAGCGUCUCUUAGAGCUUCGGCCUCAAUUGGCGCUCAACAGCAGCGACCUCCAGGGUCUUACAGCCUUGGACCAUGCGGUGGAGGCCAAGCACCAGGAGAUCAUCGAUUAUAUGCUGGCUGACGUGACUUUGCUGAAUUUCCGACGAGGACUGUUGCCGGCGGUUCAGAAAGGCGAUGAGGCCUUGGUGAAGCAGCUUCUGGAUUCGGAGCCCAGUAGUGCCUGGCUCGAAACCUGUGACGCGCGGGGUGCAAGCCUGCUGCACUUAAGCGCCAAGCGCCAAGAUUGCCCCAUUCUGCUGGAGCUCCUCCGGAACCGUGCAGAGGUGAAUCGCCUGGACCGAUACGGGCGAACUCCUCUGGACGUGGCGCCGAGCUCGAGCGAGGCGGCCUUCCUCUUGCAGAAGCGAGGCGGCCAAAAAGGUGAGGAUUUGGAGUGA